AUGGCCUAUGCUGGGCAACAUGGCACAGAUGAAUAUAAAGAAAAAUUUCUCGAUCCUACAAAACAAUAUAUAUUGAGCAAUGCAGAAAUUAAAAAAAUAAAAGAGCAUUAUGUAACAAAUUAUAAUAUAAAGGCUAAUCAAUUACAG